CCUCAAGCUCCAUUUCGGCAAGCACGUGCAUUUGCCGGUUGCAAUCGGGUUUUCGUGAAAUUACUGCACAAACUCAGUAAAACAUGGGCAAGAUAAAGGUAGAGAAGGUGGAAGAAGGCGAGGCGAUGGACGUUUCGGUGAAGGAGGAAGACAAUUACGAAGAUAAGCUACGAAACGCGAACGCGAUCUCCCAACCGAUGGCGUCGAAGAAGCUGACCAAAAAAAUUCACAAACUCAUCGAGAAAGCUUCGAAGCAGAAAAAGUUCCUCCGUAACGGGCUGAAAGACGUUCAGGUUCACCUUCGCAAGGGAGAGACGGGACUAGUUAUCUUUGCCGCGGAUGUAACGCCGAUCGAAAUCAUGUGCCACUUGCCGGCCGUGUGCGAGGAAAAGAGCAUUCCCUACUGCUACACACCGAGCCGGAAAGACCUCGGCAAGGCGAUGGGAGUGAAGCGUGGCACGGUGGCGAUGAUGAUCCGCGAACACCCCGACUAUCAAGAGCUGUACGAUAAGCUAAAGACGGAGAUGUCGACGCUUCCGGUGCCGUCGUAAACGGUGGAGAGAAAUUUUUUAAUCAUUUCAUUUCCGGACCAGGUGCUCCAGAGGGGGGCAUUUUAUUUUUUUGCCCAAGAAUGUUACAUUUUCGUUUGUAUUGGAAAAUACUUAAGCCUCUAUCGCACGGGAGUAUGCUGGAAACAUUAUUAGAAUUACCAUCCCAGAAUGGCGCUGAAUGGGAGAGAACCAGGUGAGGCCUUAGUUCCGCAUUAGUAUGAGAAAAUGAAAUUAUGAUAGACGACACGACGGAAGAGAAGAACGGGUACCCGCUAUCCGUGUUUUAGUUUUCGUUAUUCCGGCGGUUUGCAAACCAAAUACCCGCUUCAGUUAAGCGAUCGUCAGCCUAUUGGCCUUGUUGGUCGUACUACUCAACACGCCAUCCGCAAUCAUUCGAGCUUGUACUGAUGCUAUUCAUGCUUUUGCUCCACCGUUUCUGUGCACAUGAACUUCCAAAUUUGGACGGUUUUCGUUUGACCCAUGCGAUCUAUGCGCACUUUUCUCAUUCGCAACAUCAGCCUCGGUUGUGUACGAUGCUGCUACUCCAGGGACCACCGCGAGAAGGUGUCUAGUCGGUACGUGCGGGACCGCUUCGGUCAUUGGAGAACUGAUGAGUAGAUAGUGGUUUUUACGUGAGACAGCCAAGGGGGUUUCUUUUAUUUUAUUAAGUAACAGUAGUAUCGAAGAAGAUGCGGCGGGAUCUGGAUUACAUUCAAAUUGUUCCAUCGAAAUAUCAAUAAACACUUUAUCUUAGCAAAA